CCCCCCCCCCCCCCCCCCCCAAAACCGAAGUAGCGGCGGCGAAGUGGUGAAAGAGGAGAUGCUGCAAUUUCCGGCGCUGAUGCGGCAGUGGCCGUCGCCGCCGCUGAUUCCGGCGUCCACACUCCUCCCCGUGCCCGCAACUACCCAGGAGGACGAGCUCCUCCUCGCCAUGGCCGAAUCCGACCUCGAGGACAAGCUGAACGCGAUCCGCAAGACCAACAGCAACCUGGUGAUCAUAGGCAAGCCUACCAACGACGUCAAGGAGGAGUACGACGCGGAGGUGGAGGAGGACGACGUCGACAACGUCGACGAGUCCGACGGGGACGACUUCGACCAAGAAACCGGCUGAGCCGUCCUGCUCCCCCAGGCUCCAGUCCCGAGACGUUGCCCUUUCUGCGAACCAAUCUGUACGCUUGUUGCAGCCCGAGAUCCCCAAUUAUCUCUAGUUAUUAGAUCAAUCUGUCCAAGCUAUCAUACUUUACUUUGCUACAUGGUGUUUUGACGAUUCGGGGGGUUACCUACCCUUGGAUUAGCUUGUUAAUGCUGUCAAGUAUUUAUCGAAACACCGAUAUCAAUCAUUACUCUAUGUGAAUGCCUUA